GCCUUUCCUUUCGACAGACAAUCUGCUGUUAAAGCAUGCGCUUGCACACAGGCUCUCGGGCAUUAGGUCUCUUACUAUUGGUGCAGUCUGUCGAAAAGGUCGCUGGACACAACUGGACUCAGUGUCUGGUUGACAUUGCAGCGAAUGCAAAUGCUACCCAUGAUUUAAUUGGUCUCCUCGACGGCAAUGGAGAUCCCGUGUCGAAUACAUUCGAUGCGACAGCGAUAAGCUACUCGCUGUGUACCUCCUUCUGUGGCAGCAAACGGGGUAUUUAUUUGGAUAUAUUGUCGCAAGAUUUCAGUUCGUGGCUAUUGCCAUACCUUGCACUGAUCUCACAGCUCCCCUUUGGGGCACAGUACAGGCUUGAUAAUCUCAUGUCUGCUGUGUUAACCGUUGGGUCACCGGCACUUGCUGGUUACUCUCUAUUCAUUACCCUCCUCAAUUCGCGCUGGAUCAACCGCCGAUUUAGUCAAUCAGUGCAUUAUCCUAAUUCACGUUUCGCAGUCUCUAUUAUAAGCAGCCUUCAGCAAGUCCCGCUAAGACUGCAUUCCGAUCGCACACGCUUCCCCUCUCUUGUCGUCCUUCCGGAAAACGACACCUGGUGGAAAUACUUCUCUGAAUUGGUGGACUACACUCAUACAUGGUCAAUCGCGUCUGCAACCUCCAUCGCCUGGGUCGUCAUCGCCUAUAUCCUGUCUAUAGUCAACACCCCGUCAGAUGCUUAUGCAAACUCUCAAGCCGGUAGCGAAGCCACUAGUUCAAUGUGGCUGUGGUUGAUUCCAAUAGUCAUUGGAUGGCUGCAACUCUCCCCGAAAUGCGAUUUCCAUCGCUUACAAGCAGCUUAUGAUCGCGCCGACCAACACGCGCGCACAGGAUGGGCAGAUGCUCAUGCAGGAACGCCACCUGCGUCCACCCAAAGAGCUUUAACAAUAACUGCUAAGGAGGAUGAUGUGAUGUCUCCGGACGAACUCCUCACCCCUCCGGUGUUUAAUUAUUCACGUUCGCUGCGAUGGGCAUCUACAGCAGAGACUAUGUUCCUGGCGUUUAAAGUGGCAUCAGAGAAGGCUGAAAGCCAUAUUCCCGUCCAUUCUGAGAGUGAAUGGGUCGAGUCGCACAAUAUCAAAACUAUCCACCCCAGCAAUCGACGUGGGUCCCCUCAGGAAAUCACCGCGUACUGCGCACCACCCGACGGUGCAUGGCGCAGCCAUUGGGCGCCUGGCGUGUUCACACGAAUGGCUCUCGCGUCAUGUGCUUCGCUUACAUUACAAUGGGGAACAGUCGGAGCAGCAUUUAUGGUAGAGUGGUUCAUUCCUACGACAGGCAUUGGGUGUGAUUCUCUGGGUUACCUCCUUUAUGGAGUUGUAUCGACUUUCAUUUGGAUAAUGCUCCUGAUGUCCAGUAUUCUCGCCCAUUACUCCGCAGCUUAUUAUUGUCGACCGCCACUGUCUGCACGUGUUGCUCUGGUGCUCUCGCACUGGCUACGGAGAAUGGGCAAACUGUUGGCCGUUGCAAACUCCAUCUGGGUGGUCUUGACGUGUAUUCUCCAGUAUUCUGGCUUCUACGAUACAUGCUUCUGCAAUUCCAGUAUGAUUAGUAGGGGAAAGGCUACUGCAUAUGUUACGAUCAUCGAAACCACAGCUCAGGCUGCACUGGCCAAGGCUGCCUGGAUCGGCGGCCUUGUCCUGACAUGUUCCUCAGCGUCGGUUUUCGUCGGUCUUGUGAGUCUUUUAUUGGAUACUCUUCCAUAACUGUUGUUGUAAAAAUAUUUACAAGUAAUUAUACGACUGUAACCCCUCCACCCGUGCCAACCC